AUGGCUUCAGAGAAGAAGGUCCUUACUUUCGAAGAAGUUUCACAGCACAACAAAACCAAGGAUUGUUGGCUUAUCAUCUCCGACAAGGUGUAUGAUGUGACCCCAUUCAUGGAUGAUCAUCCUGGAGGCGAUGAAGUCUUGUUGUCCUCAACAGGGAAAGAUGCGACGAAUGAUUUUGAAGACGUUGGUCACAGCGACACAGCAAGGGACAUGAUGGAGAAGUACUACAUUGGUGAGAUCGACUCGAACAGUGUUCCAAAGACAAGGACAUAUGUUGCGCCACAGCAACCUGCCUACAACCAAGACAAGACACCAGAGUUCAUCAUCAAGAUUCUUCAGUUCCUUGUCCCAAUCUUGAUCUUGGGUCUUGCCCUUGUUGUCCGUCACUAUACCAAGAAAGAGUAA